CUUUGAAAAUUUGGUUAUUUUUAAUUUUUGUGGAAAAUUAGAGACCGCUUCUUGCUCUUCUAACUUCACCUCUGCUUUCUUCUUCUCGAGUGAAACAGACAGCCAAAUCAAGAUUUGACGGUGAGCCAAAUUCCAUGGCACUGUUUCAGGAGAAGCUUUCAUCACUUUCCUCAAGUUAUUCGUCAAUUCAUUCUCUUCCGAGGAUUCUCGUGUCCAAGCCUCGUAAUAGAAUUGCCGUGACAAAGUCCCGUUCGAUUUGCAGAGCUUCGUGGCAAGAGCUCGCCGGAGUGUUGGUUUUCUCGGCGAUUCCAUUCACUGCGGUUAAAGCAAUUGCAAAUAGCUCAAUAGGAGUUUCUCUACGGCGGAGAUUAGAAGAGAAAAAGAAGGAAGCCGUAGAGAAUUCUUCAAGAUUCAAGUCUAAAGCUCAGGAAGCUAGAAACGACAGCAAGUGGUAUGGAAAAGAACGUCCCCGUUGGUUUGGUCCAAUCCCAUAUGAUUAUCCUCCAUACCUUACAGGAGAACUUCCAGGGGAUUAUGGUUUCGACAUUGCAGGACUUGGCAAAGAUCGUUUGACCUUUGAUAAGUAUUUCAACUUUGAAAUACUUCAUGCUCGUUGGGCCAUGCUUGCAGCAUUGGGUGCUCUAAUCCCGGAAGUAUUUGAUCUCACUGGAACUUUCCAUUUUGCUGAACCCGUAUGGUGGCGAGUCGGUUACUCCAAGCUUCAGGGAGAGACAUUGGAGUACCUCGGCAUCCCAGGGCUUCAUGUAGCUGGAAGCCAAGGUGUCAUUGUAAUUGCCAUUUGCCAAGUACUCUUGAUGGUAGGACCGGAAUACGCAAGAUACUGUGGCAUUGAGGCCUUAGAGCCACUGGGAAUAUACUUGCCAGGAGACAUUAACUAUCCUGGAGGGACGCUUUUUGAUCCCUUGAAUCUUUCCGAGGAUCCUGUAGCUUUUGAAGAUCUUAAGGUUAAAGAGAUUAAAAAUGGACGAUUGGCGAUGGUCGCGUGGCUUGGAUUUUAUGCACAGGCUGCUUUCACUGGAAAAGGUCCUGUACAAAAUCUUGUUGACCAUGUCUCGGAUCCAUUACAUAACAAUCUGAUUGCCAUGCUUCAGACAUGACAAUGUGUGAAUAUAUGUACAUAUAUGUCAAAAUAGAAAAGACAAUGUGUGAAAAUGUUUAAUACCAUAUGUUACUUACUUAGCACAUGAGAUUCGU